GUAUAAGAAUUCCUACAUCUUCCUCUUCAUCUCGAUUCCCAACAACCAACUCUCUAACUUCUCUCUGUAUCUCCCACCAUGGCCGCAAGUGCCACUCGCCUCCGACGCCUUGCCUCCGCGGCUGUAGCAGUUACCGCAUGCGGUGGCGCAGUCCUUUUAACUCCUUCUGUAUCUUCCAAUGACCGCGCUAGUGGCCACCCUACAGUAGAGUCCCUGAGGCAGAUAAUUAAUGACCCAAGCGCCGUCGUCCCGUCCCGCACUCUUCAGGAAUCGGCUCUGAUUAGUUCUAAAUCUGGUCCACUCGACAUCCUAGUCGUCGGCGGUGGUGCCACUGGCUGCGGCGUUGCACUGGAUGCCGCUACUAGAGGCCUCCGAGUCGGCCUCGUCGAGCGAGAGGAUUUUUCCUGUGGAACGUCUUCGCGGUCCACGAAGCUAAUUCAUGGAGGAGUCCGCUACUUGGAAAAAGCUGUCUUUGGCCUUGACUACGGGCAAUUGAAACUGGUUUUCCAUGCACUCGAGGAGCGUAAACAAGUUAUUGAGAAUGCUCCUCAUCUCUGCCAUGCCUUGCCCUGCAUGACACCCUGUUUUGACUGGUUUGAGGUAGUAUAUUACUGGAUGGGCUUGAAAAUGUACGAUUUGGUCGCUGGAAGACGUCUUUUACAUUUUUCCAGAUAUUAUUCUGCACAAGAGUCUGUUGAACUCUUCCCUACACUUGCAAGGAAGGGCAAAGGUAGAAGCUUGAGGGGCACAGUUGUGUACUAUGAUGGUCAGAUGAAUGACUCGCGCCUAAACGUUGGAUUAGCUUGCACUGCUGCGCUUGCUGGGGCAGCUGUGCUUAAUCAUGCAGAAGUUGUUUCCUUUCUUAAAGAUGAAGGUACUCAGCGGAUAGUCGGUGCAAGAAUUCGUGACAAUCUGUCAGGCCAAGAGUUUGACGCCUAUGCAAAAGUUGUUGUGAAUGCGGCUGGACCAUUUUGUGACUCUGUAAGGAAAAUGGCUAACAAAGAUGCACUGCCUAUGAUAUGUCCUAGCAGUGGUGUACAUAUUGUUCUCCCAGAUUAUUAUUCUCCAGAUGGAAUGGGUUUGAUUGUCCCUAAAACUAAGGAUGGACGUGUUGUCUUCAUGCUACCAUGGUUGGGGAGAACUAUAGCUGGCACUACAGAUUCUAGUACUUCCAUCACUCCACUCCCAGAACCGAAUGAGAAUGAAAUUCAAUUUAUACUUGACGCAAUCUGCGAUUACCUUAACAUCAAGGUGCGACGUACAGAUGUUCUUUCUGCCUGGAGCGGUAUCCGCCCAUUGGCGGUGGAUCCUAAUGCAAAGAACACUGAAAGCAUCUCUAGAGAUCAUGUUGUGUCUGAGGAGUAUCCUGGUUUGGUGACAAUCACUGGUGGGAAGUGGACUACUUAUCGUAGUAUGGCAGAAGAUGCAGUUAAUGCUGCUAUCAAGUCUGGUAAACUGAGCCCAAGCAAUGAAUGUAUAACAAGCAACCUGCGGCUGAUUGGUGGAGAUGGAUGGGAACCCUCACUUUUUACUGUUCUUGCUCAACAGUAUGUACGGAUGAAGAAGUCUGAUGGUGGUAAAGUUGUUCCUGGGGUGAUGGACACCGCUGCUGCAAAGCAUUUGUCUCGUGCAUAUGGCACCUUAGCAGAACGAGUAGCCACCAUAGCUCAGAAUGAAAAUUUGGGCAAGAGGCUUGCUCAUGGAUACCCCUAUCUGGAGGCAGAGGUUGCAUACUGUGCUCGAAAUGAGUACUGCGAAUCUGCUGUUGAUUUCAUUGCCAGGAGAUCUCGCCUUGCUUUCCUUGACACCGAUGCAGCAAGCCAUGCGUUGCCACGCAUUAUCGAAAUACUUGCUACAGAGCACAAUUGGGACAAGUCAAGGCAGAAGGAAGAAAUACAGAAGGCUAAAGAAUUUUUGGAAACUUUCAAGUCUUCUAAGAAUGCACAUUUCCAUGAUGGGAAGCAUCAGUCUUGAAAUGAACCAAAGCGAUUUUCGGAGUUUAAGGGUCUCGGAUUUCCAAUGUGUUGUUUUUUUCUUUCUUGUCUUUAUACAGGCGCAUACAUCUACUUCUUCAUUCAGCAGACCAAGCGGGAUUGAUUUUGUCAAGCUUGCUCUACAUCGUUAAUAAAGAUUGCUGGAUCCCAGGACACUUGUAGCAACAUGUUCCCCUGUUCCUGGUUCACAUUGGUAAAUCAUUUUAUCUUAAAGUAAUGAAAGUUAUUUUUCCCUGCAUUUCUAACAUAUCUGGGUUCAUGCUUACAAACUGUUGCUGUCCGAUUCAUACAAAAUUUAAAUCAUUUGUUUUGAUGUCUAUCAAUUUUCAUGGGCA